AUGAGAAUUAUCAAGUUACCAGCUGCUGCAAUCAAUAUCAAUAUCAUUGUUAUCAUCAUUGGAACCAUUUUAUUAACGUGUCAAGGGAGUAACAAGAAACCAUACAGAAACAUCUAUACAUUAAAAUUGGACUUUACCAAUAUCAAUUUCACAGCGGUAAUACCUUUCCCUCGUUUUGCAACUGCAGUGGCAAGUUUAGAUCUUCAAAAAGCAGGACUCAGUGAUAUCUACUCUAUUGGUGUCAAGCAUUACUGCAAAGGACAGAAAUUAACAAAUGGUGACUAUAGAAUAACCUAUUGCACAAGUGCAUCUAAGAAUUACUAUUUCGAACCACAUCAGUUGAUUGCAAGUGAAAUCAGUAAUGCUAAUAGAAGAAAUGCCCUCAGAGAUCUUGAAUAUUUGAGUGUUAGACUUCCCUCUAGUGUGGAUUUUUUCAGACUUCAAAGCAAGAUGACAGACAAAAUAUUUAUCACAAUGUUGGUUGGUGUGUUAUUUGCUGGCAUAUCACUUAUUUUGAAUUUCAUUUCGCUAUGCUAUCCACCAUCACAGGAAUUUAUUCUAGGAAUAAGUUUCUUAUCAACAAUUGUAUCAGCUGCCACAUUGCUUAUAAGCGCUGCUAUAGCUACAUCUGUUUAUGAUAGAGCCAGAAAAGGCUUUUCCAAUGGUGAUAAUCAAUAUGGAAUUAGUGGUACUUGGGGGAAUUCAGCAUUUUAUGCUCUUUUAUGGUUGAUUGUUGGACUGCAAUUGAUUUAUGUUUUGCUCACGAUAUGGACAGCUUGGUCUGAAAAAUGGUUGAUCAAGGAAAAGGUGACAAGGAUCAGAAGAACCAGUGAUCAGGAAGCUCCUAUAGAAACGAACGCUGAAAGAAGAAGACAAGGGUUUAGAUCCAGAUUUGAUCGUGAUAGUGAUGCUGAGGAAGAAGACGUUCCAAGGUAUCCAGUUUAUGCUCAAGAACUUCCAACUUAUCAAGAAGCCACAAGGGACCAAGAAUCACCUCAGGCAAAGGAAGAGGGUGAUACGGGACUCCAAAGAGGUAGGGUUGGAUCAUGA